CUCUUAUAUAUGAUCACCCUAGAAGCCAAGUCUUCUCUGCCAACUGAAAACUCACAUUUCGUUUCCAUUACAAAAACACAAAACACCACCCGUUCUUCCAUCCUCCUCAAUAAAACAUGGUCCGUCGGCUCCGAACAAACUCCGAAGCCGACUCGGACAGCUAUCCGAUACGGCUGAGCUCGAAGGCGAGGUUGCUCGCCUCCGUCUCGGCCCUCAUGGACAUAGCCAGCCGCCUAACCCAUAAGCUCAAGGCCAAGCCUAUGAUCAAGACUUCGUCGUUGAACAGGCCCAAGCAGCUGAUGGCGACCAUAAGCAACAAGGCCAUCACGUUCAUGCACCGGAAGAAGGUGGCCGGCGGUGGUGCGGGACCCAAGGGUGGUGGGGCCCUUGAGGAGGAGGAGUGGGGAGACGGCGGGGUGUGGCAGCGGUCGAUUCUGAUGGGGGACAAGUGCGAGCCGUUGGAUUUCUCGGGCGUAAUAUAUUAUGAUAGUAAGGGGCAGCAGCAGAACGGGGCUCCUCUCAGGUCGCCACGUGCGAGUCCCUUGCCUGGGUACCUGGAGAGGGCUCAGAAAAUCUGAGCGGAGGUCUCAGUGAUUUCUUCACCCGAGGGUGCUGUUGGUUUUUUCGUAGGUCACAGUCGAUUUUCAAUUUGGAAUUUUGGAAUUGGAGGUUAGGAGAUUUUAACAUUUUGUUACCAAAUAUGGUUUCCUACUCUUCAAAAAGAAGAAUUUUCUUGGCUUCACCCCUAUUAUAUUGUGGCAUAAGCAAUUAGUGGGUACAGUGUUAUUAUAUGGAAACAUUUUGUAUUUGGGAUGGCAA